GCCAUUAUUAACUACAUUUCCCUGGUCUCCAUGCGCGGCUGGGGGUGGGCCACUCGGAGACAUGCUGCUCUCCUUGUCUCCAUAUGGUCCAGUUGUCAAUGUGGUCCUGAAACAUUUGUGAGUGUUGAAUGGCCCUGAGGACUCUGCCGUGCUGCUGAACUCUGACUCCAACAGCGCACUGUGGUUGACCAUCAGGCCGGAGAAGGACUAGGAGUGGAGGCGGAGGAUAAUGAUGAUGCAGCACAUCCUUACCCAUGGGACCCUGUGGCGGGUGGUGGCGUGGCGCUCACUGGCAGCGGGCGCAUCCGUCCUCGAGCAUCCGGCGGCGACAGCGCCGGCCUCCAGGUUCUGCGUGCUCCGUCUGUCGCUGCUGCCGCCCGCCGCCCAGAGAUGGGUCUCAGCAUCCGCCUCCAGCAGAGCAGCACAUCAGCCAAAGCACCAAUCCUCACAGGAACAAUCAGCACAACCUGCGUCCGACCGGCCUUCACAGGACGGCCCCGAAGGGCAGCCGGAGAAGGCGGACGUUGACCCGCUGCAAGACAAGUCCAUCGGUCUGGCCCAGAGGUUUAAGAAGACGUUCAAACAGUAUGGGAAGGUGAUGAUCCCGGUUCACUUGGCAACGUCCUCCGUCUGGUUUGGAACCUUCUAUUACGCUGCUAUGAAAGGUGUGAAUGUAGUGCCGUUCCUAGAGAUGAUUGGUUUCCCAGAAUCAAUCGUUGGCCUUAUGAGAGAUUCCUCUAGUGGCUAUGCACUGACCGCCUACGCCAUGUUCAAGAUUGCAACCCCAGCUAGAUAUGCAGUGACGCUAGGCGGAACCUCACUGUCUAUUCAGUACCUCCGCAAACAUGGCUACCUCUCCACACCGCCGCCGGUCACAGACUACCUCCAGGACAAGAUGGAGGCGACGAAGGAGAGAUUCACAGAAAAGAUGGAGGAAACAAAAGGACUCAUCUCUGAGAAAAUGGAAGAGACUAAAGACAAGCUUUCUGAGAAGCUGCAGGAAACCAAAGACAGAGUUUCAGAGGGGAAAUCGUUUUUCCGAAAGAAAAACGACUAGCGACUCAUACGCACACGAGGCUCCCGCUGCUGUUAGGAUCUCGUUUUGAGGAGUUGACAGAGUGGGGGCGAGUAACACUUCAUUUCUUUGACCGUCUGGAGGUGUGAGACGUUGCACUAUCCCCGUCUUGACACCCUUCAGUUAUCACUUUGGUGUCUAUUUAUGUGUUAAAUCUAAUUGUCUGAACCCUCCCACAAUGCACUGCAAAUGUAGAUCAGCCAGCAGCUUAGCCGCCUUCUGGCAAUGCCGCUUCCUGGCUCUGCCGUCUCAGGCGGGAUUUCCACAGACUGGAUCUGGGCUGAGUCGUCUCCUGGCUGCGAAGCAACUGCCAGUUUUACUUGAACACUCGGGGAGCCAGGUGAAGACGGCCAGAGACACGGAGCUGCGCUAAUCCUUCUGAACGAACCGAAAAUAAAACUUGAAGCUCUUCGUUAACCGUCUCAUAGUUUGUUAAAAGAGAAGGAGAUUUCACCUUGUGUCUUUAAAUGUAAUUAACCGGAAAUAAUGUUUUUUUAAUGAGUUUUUCUCUCGAUAGUCAAAUAAUAUAUCACAUCGGUUGUGGUUUCUGCACUACGAGAGCUGAGUUGAAACUAAAGCGGAGGAUUGCUUGGUACAGUUUACAUUAGGUAAGCACACCUGUACAGUCCUGGUCAGAGCUCCAGGAGGAAGUUCUGAUCAGAUGGAGAACAAGUCGGACCUGAAUGUUUAGGCUUGUAGAGGUUGUUGUGACAGGAGACUAUAGUAAUUGUCUCCAGAUUGGAAUUUUUAAGUUUUGUGAUCACAGAAAACAUCCAACAAAGAAUCAGAAUUGAGCUUCAAAAAGCUUCCAUCCAUCGGGGCCUCGAGGCGAGGUACGCCCUGGACAGGUUGCCAGGACAACACAGAGACAGACACGACAAAUUAACCAUUCAAACCCAGGAUCUUCUGGCUGCAAGGCAACAGUCCUACCAAGAUGGCCGCUGGGAAGCUAAGAUCAUCUUUGAUGGGGGAAAAAACUCAUUAAACUUUGAUUUAUAUUUUGCUUUUGUUGCUACAAAAAAUUGUAGACCUAAAAAAAUGUAAACAUUCAACCAAAAACUUGUUUCAUGUCUCAAAUCUUUAAAUUUGAGACAUAAAACAAGUUUCACAAUUAUCUGCACAUUCUGUUUCUCCAAAAAUAUGACUGCUUCAUAAGUUUUGUUGCAUAUUGAAUUUAUCAUUAGGCAUAAUAAUAAACCAUUAUCAUGAUUGACUCAUUUAGCCUUUAUUAUUAGAAGCUGUUCACAUUUUUGUUGAUGCCUCAGUAUUUUGACCUUCGUGGCGUUUGGGCCGUGGAGCAGAAGGAGUUUCUGACCAGGACUGUAAACGGACCGCUGUGUAGAACUUGGAUAUUAAAGUUUCACAAUGUGACAGAAAUAACUUGUUUCAUUUAGUAAACAAACUGAUGUCCUCACCAGAAAUUCACUCUGACGUUUGGUCAAAAUCACACCGAAUAAAAGUGAUCUGAAAAUCA